GGCUAACCAGGAAUGCUUUGAAGAAGCCUAUCUUCCAACCCUGCAAACACUGUUAAAUGCUCCAGCAACUUCCCCUUUGGCUGAAAUAGAUACCGGUAAUGUUUCUGAGCUGUUAGUGGACCUGACCAGACCAAGUGGACUGACACAUCAGUCUAAAAAGUCUCAGGACUAUCAGGACUCAACAGUACAUGAUAGUUUAGCAAUGAAAAUUUGCAAUGAAAUCUUGAUGGACCCUACUGCACCAGAUGUUCGUAUUUAUGCAAAAGCUUUAAAUUCACUGGAACUCAGUAGUUCUUCCACAGAGAAUCUUCUGGUUCUGCUCAAUGAGAUUCUAGAGAAAGUGAAAGAUAAACUGUCUCAGAGAGCUAUUGAGAAGAUAAAGAUGAACUUGACCAAAGGUCCUAACGUGGGCAAAGACCACUCUGAAAGGACUGAGGAAACAGGUGUCUCGGAAAGGACACAGGAAACCGACAACACAUUAUCUGAAAAUACUGUUCAAAAUGAGGAAGAGCUUGAAGUCGAAGAAGCUGGAAGACUUUCCCCUGCCUGCACGCUUCAUGCAGCUGCAGGUGCCUUAGAGGCGUACGUGGUGCUGGUGGCACACAGUCUCAGUGGUGAUGAAAUGCCAGAAUCUGUCCCAAUGUCAAGUUCAAGGCCUUCAAGACGAGCGAAGACAGUGGCACUCGAAAAAACGCGAAUGAAUCUUUCAAGACUUUUGAAUAAGGAAGCAGAUCAGUAA